AUGGUAUGGUGUUCCAGAGUCGGUGGUUCUAUCUCUGGUGCUAACAUUUGUUGCAAGGUCUUCAGCGUCACGGGACCCGAAGCGGCAUUCGUUUCUCCGCAAACGACUGGCCACUACCUACUCCAUGUCAACACUGCUAUCCCUCGAGCCGAAGAUGCAAGAAGUGGCAGACGUCAUGUGGACCAGACACUCCAUGCCGUGGCAAAGCGAGGCGGGAUCGUCGAUGUCCAGGAUGAAACCUCGCACUUCGCCUUCGACAUCGUCAGCAAGCUGGGCCUGGGCGAACGCUUUGGCUUCGUUGACCAGUCUGCAGUCGGAGUUGACCACAUUAUCCCUUCGGUCCAUGGGUUCUUCUACAUUAGCGCCCUUCUUGGGUACAUCCCUGGGCAGGUAUGGUGGGUGCAGAACUCGCUCUCGCAGAAGCUGCUCAAGGCCUUCGCUCCGCCUUGGAUGAACGGAGCAGCGAGCUUCAGAGCGUGGACAGACCAGCAGGUCCGGAAUCGCAUGGAUGAGGAGAGGAAGACUAGUGAUCAUGAUCGAGACAUGCUCGACCACUUCGUUGAUAUGAAAGGCUUGAAAAGCCAAUUUGCCACGGCCGCGGAAGUCCAGAUCGAGGUCGGGAAUCUAAUCGGCGCCGGAGCAGACACAUCAGCAAUUGGUAUCGCAGUCGUCCUCGGUCAAUUGGCUACACAUUCCGAAGACUAUCGCCGCAUACAGCAAGAGAUCGACACAGCCUACACAGAGCAUAACGCCGAUAAGUCGUAG